GAUUUAUAUUUCCCGUCAACGAUUUUUGAUAAAAGUGUAUGAUAAUCGUUUCGUUGAAUUUUUAAUCUUUGGCCGAAUAUCCAUAAAAGCGUUAUCAGCAUCUAUCAAGAUACGAGGCUCGAUACCUUAUUUGUGGUUUCAGUGCACACAGUACGGCGGAGAGUGCUGUUUAAAGUGAAUAAUGGAAAUUCAAAAUACACAAAAAAUGAAGUUUACCAAGACUGAAACUGAGUACAACAUGAAGUCUAUAAGAUUUCUGUUGUUGACGAUUACUACUAUGUUUAUUAUAAUAGCAGGUUUAAUGAUCGUCCUGGGAUUCUCCGUAUAUUCCCACUAUCACACAUUCUCGUUCUUCUACGAGAGCGCCAAAACGGGCCGGUUCUUUACGCCCUCUAUUCUCAGCAUUAUCAUGGGCAUGUUCCUUCUCAUCGUCACUCUAUUUGGAUUCUUUGGUAGCUUAAAACAAAGCACAUGUUUGGUCAACCUGUAUGCAUUUAUUUUGGCGCUGAUGUUAAUAGGAAAAUUGGUUGUUGUGAUACUUGCAUUUACGUUAGACACACAGUCACUGAGAAAUUACAUUUAUAUACCAGUAACAAAAUAUGCCGCCGAUCCAGAAAUUGCAAUGGAGAUUGACCGUUUACAAGUUUGCCUGAACUGCUGCGGAAGCAAUUCCUACUUGGAUUACGUCGGAAUGGAAUUCUCAUCUAACCAAACAACAGUGGUCGUGUCUACUCAUGUCAAUGGUGACCAAGUGGUAGUUAAGGUACCUGAGACCUGUUGUAUCACAAGAGGAGAUGAAUUCUGUACAACUAUGAGGGCUAACAGCUGCAAAGCCGCGCUGGUCAAUUUGUUCGUGCAGAACUCUAGUGUGAUUGGCGUUUUGGGUGUAUCUGUUAUGUUUAUACAGUUAUUGGGCGUUAUAUUUGCGCUCCUUUUAGCAAGAUGCAUCCGGAAGAUGAAAAGUGAAAAGACACUACAAACUUGGAAAAUUAAGGAGCAAAUGAUUUUGGCGCGGCAAGAGAACGAACAAAGUACACACCGCACAGAGGACAAUAUAGGAGAUAGUGUUUAUAUCGCACAUCAUGAGUGCAGUACAGCUUAAAUGAAGAAUUACUUUAUUCAUUUUAAUUUAUUUAGCUGUAUUUUAUCAUAGAU